AGCUGAGCUGCUCUCAGUUCUCUUUUCAGUGGAGAUCUGCACACCGCAAACUGUAUAGGGAAGCUGUCCAGUGAGGGCACCUAACUGUUCGGUCCAACCGCCAUAAAAGCCAGACGACCCUAGAAGUUGCAUCUUACCAGAGAAAACCACAAGACAAGGCACCAAGAGAUGGAGAAGCCCCACAUACUAGCCACGAAACCUGGAGAAUACAAAGGCAUACGUCAGAUAUUCGCACCUCUCCUCGAGAAGCAUUUCACAGUCGUCCCCUAUCAUGAAUUUGAAAAGAAUCCAAAUCUCUGGGCACACAAAAUCCAGGCUGUAAUCGUAUGGUUCACCAUUCCUAAAAUUAGCAGAGAUCUUCUGCUCUCCUUGCCCAAUCUGAAGGCAGUAAUAAGUGGAGGAGUUGGGGUGGACCACCUGGAUAUCCCUCUGAUAACUAGCUUUGGGGUAAAAAUAGCCAACACGCCCAACAUCGUGGACAAUGCAACAGCGGACAUUGGGAUGGCAUUACUACUGGCGUCUGCACGAAAGCUCAUAGAAGGAUACAAGCUUGCCAUUUCUCCUGAUAUGACAAAAUUGUCGCAUUGUGAUCUUGGACAUGAUGUCAGCGGCUCCACUCUCGGUAUUAUAGGAAUGGGCCGAAUUGGACACAAGAUUGCUAAGCGAGCGCAAGGAUUCGACAUGAAGAUUCUGUAUCACAAUCGAAAACAAAGGGAAGCAGAAGAUGAAAAAGCUGUGGGUGCUACCUACUGUGCAAAAAUUGAAGAUCUGCUGCGUGAGUCAGACUUUGUGAUGCUCUCUGUGAACCUGUCUCCUGAGACGCACAAGUUGAUUGGGAAAAGGGAAUUGAGCCUGAUGAAGCCCACGGCCACACUUGUUAAUGUUAGCAGAGGGCUUGUAGUGGAUCAGGAUGCACUGGUUGAAGCACUUGAAGAUGGUGUAAUUUACGCUGCAGCGCUUGAUGUGACAUAUCCAGAACCCCUUCCAAGAAAUCAUCCACUGCUCAGGCUGAAGAAUGUCCUCAUUCUCCCACACAUGGGGACAGCCAGCUAUCAGACAACUCGGGCCAUGGUGGAGAGAAUAAUCGCCAACACCCACUUAGCAUUGGAGGGUAGUCCAUUGUUGGAUGAGGUGAAACCUAAUUAAGUAGAAACAGAAUGUGCGGGGAAAAAAGCAUUUGGUACUUCUCUGGAUCAAUAAAAUGAAAUUGGAAAAUCUUCAAAAUCUGUUGCGAUGAGAAAUUGUAACUAAUGUGCAAAAUUACCCACCUAUUAACAUUUCUUACACAUAUAACACCAAUUUCAACAGGUGCCUAUCCUGGCAGCAUUGCACACAAGGCAUAAACCAACCAGGGACCCUAUUCACUCACAGGGCCUGCACACAGCCACACUCAGUCUGGUGUGGCCAAUCAAACCAACCAUCACGUCUUUUGGGAUGUGUACCAGGUUAGAAACCCACACAUAAACUGCAAAAACAGAUAAACUCCAAAUGAGCAGUUAUUGGGCAUGGGAUAUGAACUGGAAGUGUCAUCACCAUGCUAAUGUGCUGUUGUCUUAUUAAAUAAUUAUUGCAUAAUUUCAUUCAUACACUUAACCAAACAUGAAAUGUUCAUAUUUUAAUGUUUGUUCUUUUUGUUUUAAAUAGCUAGAGUCUUCUUAAUAACACAUUAUCUCAUGAUUGGUUGGGUCAAGGGUUAGCACUGUCAGCAUCUAAAGUUUGAAUCUCCGAGCCUGGUGUUUGUCAGUGUGCAAUUUGCAGGUCAGUUUCACUGGACUUUGCAAAUUUGGCCCCAUGUGAAUGUAUUGACAUGCUGGACUGCCACAUCAUCCAGGACUGGCAUCUGCCUUGUGCCCAAGUGCUGCCCUCUUCAUCUGAACCAAAAUUAGAUUCAGUGGGUUUGAGAAUAUUUUGUUGUUAUGUUAUUUCAUGGAUGAUUACUGUUAAUGCAACACUCCAAAACAUAUUUUGUAAUUGCUCAGGAGGAUAGAUAGGCAUCCCAGCGAGGAUGAAGGAGAAUUUCUUGCUGGCCAGGAAGCCAUAAUGUAAGGAUGGCCAGACUGCAAACACUACCUGGUUGGAACACCUUAUAAUUCCCGUCCUGGCUGGGAUGCUGGAAGGAAGAAUGGAUUGGAGAGAGCUGGACGCCAGGAACAGUUAAUUCCCCAGAUUAAUAGGUGGCAGAAUUCCUCACAAGUAGUCCCAGUCUGGACACCUGCAGGGCUGCAUGGGAACUGGAGUCCAGAAGUACAGCCAUGUAGUGGUCCUUGGCUGACAGUAGAGGGUGCUGCUGCAGGAGGACCUCCCUGGUUUUCACACGACCUGGAAGUGCUUCCAACAAGCCAAGACGUGCCACUGGAAGUACUCAUGGGUCCAGCUUAAAAGGUGCCUGCCGCCAUACCUCAUGGAGUGAGAGUCAAACUCUCUUAGAGGAUGGAAGGAAAUAAGAGAGAGCAUCAGUUUUCUGACUAUUUUUGACUGUUUGUAUUGCAUUAUUGCAGCUGGUUGGAUUAAAAAUGUGUUUAUUGAA